AUUAGGAAAAGAAUAGAGGCUGCUUUUUUAUUCCUCAUGCCCAUAGUUUUAGCCCAUACGACGACCAAUAACUAAUCCAGUCCAGACUCCAGAUUCGACGUAGCAAGAGCAAACGGAGAGAGAGUGUAAAACCCAGAAAAACGAGAGAGAAAUGGGGAAGAUGGUGAUGCUGAGAUCCAUAUACCGAGCUGCCUCCUUCAGAUCAUCGUCGCGGUUAGCGGCUAUUGCCGAGCAGCAGCUCCGCCAUCACCAUCACUACGCAGCUUCUCGAUGCCUCCUCCAUGGUUCUUCUUCCGCUUCCAUCACUGCCCCUCCUAGCCGCAUCCUUUCUGAUGGUAGGUCUACUCUCACAAUGAGUGUAGGAAGUAUCCGAUCUUUUAGUGAGGAUGUGGCUCACAUGCCUGUCAUAAAAGAUCCUGAAAUUCAAAAUGUUUUUAAGGACUUGAUGGCUGCAAGCUGGGAUGAGCUCCCUAAUGUUGUUGUCCAUGAUGCAACCAAUGCUUUGUCUAAAAAUACCGAUGACAAGACUGGCCAAGAGGUCCUGACAAAUGUCUUUCGGGCAGCUGAAGCAGUCGAAGAAUUUAAUGGGAUACUAACAUCCUUAAAAAUGGAACUUGAUGAUGCUGUUGGAGCGAGUGGCGAGAAUGUAAAGCCACUACCGGAAGAAUAUUCUACUGCGCUGCACACAGUUUUUCAACGGUAUACUGCCUAUUUGGAUGCUUUUGGACAUGAUGAAGUUUAUUUGCGGAAGAAAGUUGAGAAUGAAUUGGGAGCAAAGAUGAUUUACUUGAAGAUGCGUUGCUCUGGCCUUGGUGCUGAAUGGGGGAAGAUUACCGUUCUUGGCACUUCUGGACUUUCGGGAUCGUAUGUUGAGCAAAGAGCUUAGUGCCAGAGUUUGGAAAUGUGAACCUUUUUGUUUUCAGAAUCAUAAUUAUGAUUAAUUGUAGAAAGAUCUUAUAUUCUCUCCCAGAGAUCGAUCUCUGUUGAACUUUCGUGUAGUUGAAUAAGAGCUUUUCUUUGUCAACAGCAAAUGUAGCAAUGUGACAAUCACGUUUUUGAUGUUUCCUCCAUUUAUCAUCUAGAGCCAAUCUAAGAUUUUCUUAUUUUGCA